UUUGGCGCGUGUUGCCCACCGAUCCACAAUAUCCCUAUGCGGCGGACGAGAAGGACGGUGUUGACUGGGUGAGAAUUUCAGCUUCUAUCGGCCUUGCACGGCAUCACCUUAGAUCUCCGUCUCUGUAACAAUGGCAGAUCCCAUUGACUACUCGAAGACCCAGCGCAUCCUGCUCCUCAUAGAUCUUCACCCGCUCCAGACUUUCCAGAACCCUAACUCUUACCUCAUUUCAGUCUCCGCAACCGCCAGACGCCUCCUGGCCUUCGCUUCCCUCACCCAGUCGCUCUUCUCCUUCAAAUUCUUCUUCUCUUCUCUCUGCCCUUACCUCUCCACCUCCGUCGUCGAUCAACUCAUCGGCAGCUUAUUCCCCUCUUCUUUCAACCUCCCUUCCGAUACGCUAAACUCCCUCAUAGCUAUCCUCAAAUCUGUGUCUAUUCCAGCGGAAUUUGAGGUAAAACCGUCUCGUGCAUCAAAUGUCGCUAGCUCUUUGCACAGGCUCGUAUUCGAUUGCACUUGGGAAUCUGAAAAUGACGAUCUAUUGGGUAAGGCUAAUGUAGAAUUUCCUAAUAUUUCUUCGAAUGUGGUGCUUUUGUUUUCCCAUUUGCCCAACUCCUUUAGCUGCUUAUCUGAGUAUAUGAAUCUGGGUGUUAGUUCUGAAGCUUUAAGGGAUUUAGAUGGGUUUAUGGUCAAAUUUCAUGAAUUGUUUGGUAUCGUGAGCAAAGCGUUUUCUAACAGAGAUAUUCAUUUAAGUUGGAUUGAUGUGGGAGAUGGCCUCGCACCGAGUGUGGAUUGUAAUAAAUUUGACAACUUUGGUGGAUCGGUGCUUUUGGAGAAUGGGAUAAAGAGCUACGGGUGGGGCAUUUGUCCAACAUACUCAAUUGUUUUAGAUUCUGCUCUGAUUCCUUUUGGGUUGAUAUAUCCUAAAAUUGGGAUCCCAUUCCAGUUUCUGAAGUGCGCUGACUCUCGUAAAGGCCAUCUUGGACAGCUAUAUCUUGAGAUCCUUGAUGUGAAUGGAAGGCCUUUGAGGUGCAAGUGCAGCGAUCUUGAAUUCCUGGAUCUGAAUGUUUCACAAGGCGGGGUUUGCAAUGGAGAAUCAGUUUGGUCACGGUUUGGUGAAGGGGUGGUGAUAAAGAUGCAGGUUCAGGCAAUCCAGCGGUAUGAUGAUGAUGGAAAAGUUAAAAGGUGCACAUCUAGCUCUAUUCUAGUGCGUGAGUUUUCUGGUGACACAAAGAAAUGCCAAACCAAAUUUACAGAUGGUUUAUUUGCUUAUAGAGUUUUUGACAUUCUGUCUGGACAUAUGGGUGAGAAUAGACACAGAAACAACUAUGUUCCUAUCUGGAGCAUUCUGCUGAGUUUUCUAUACAAGGAAGGAUGCCAGGCCUUGGUUUCGCUUUCCAGUAAUAAUGAACAGAUUACAAGUAUUCUCAAGCCUGUGACGGCUCACUUAGCACUGCUCUCAAUUACUCAUAAUAAUAAAGAACAUGGUUGGAAUCAAUCAGAUUGUAGUGGUGUAAGAGAGAGGACUUGCAACACAUCUGCUGUAGAAACAGAUGACGCAAAUGGUUCACAACCUGAGGCUUCAACUUCUACUUAUUGUGAACCACUAAGGCAUGGGAAAAGACCAAAGAAUAAGAAGUCUGUAAACAAGCAUCUCUGUUGGAGCUCAUUUUGUAAUGCAGCUUUUGAGUGCUCUGAUUUCAAUUUGGUGGAGAUCUAUUUUGCCAGGAAACCUGAAAGUUCAAAGAUGCUAAAGUUCUUGAUGUGCUGGAUGAAGCAAAUAAAAAAGCACAGCAGCAUUUUGCUGCCAACAGCACUUCAUCAUUCAUCCCAGUCUCAGCAGCAUGUGCUGCUACCACCUUUGUUUUCUCAAGUAAACUUAACGCAGGAGAAAGAUGUAUCUUUUUCUUCCUCUGAAACUGUGGAAGUGUUCUUUGGUAAUCUCCCAAAAAGGAUUCAGCAUUGUCUAACAUCUGGAGCGGACUUGCAGAAUUUUGCAGAACGUCUUGUAAAGUUAUCAAUACACGUGAUUUCUCAAAUAUCUGAAAAAAUUCACACCUCUGGUGCAAAUAAGAAUACCAUUACAGAACUUAUGGAACUUAUAUUAAAGAAGCCCAAAGAUAUGACACCCAAAGUGGAGUUUGACAAUCCUACGUCUGAAGCAUCUGAUUUCAAUUCAACCUCAAAAAUUAUUGUUAGAGAAUAUGAGUUGCAGGUUUUCCUUCGAAUGGAAUUACUUCAUUCAGAUGUUUCUGAGAGCAUUAAAGGCUCUGUAAAACAGAAGCUUGUGAAGCAGGUUUGCUCGCUUCUCGAGAUAAUUCAGUACCUUGUUGAAGGAGGCAUUCAUGGUCAUGUUCGCCUUUAUGAUUAUGUUGAGCGGACCAUUAGGGCAAGGUACAACCAUAUUCUGGAAGAUGUUGUGACUGAAAUCUAUGCUCAAAUGGAUCUACUGCCAUUUGGUGAGGAAGAUGAAAUUCAAGCACAGCUCUUCAACAGUGAGGAUAGUGAUCAAUCAUGGAAAGAGAAUCAUGAUGGAUAUAAAAUGGCCAAACCUGACACUGUCCUACAAUCAGGUUUAGCUGGAUAUGAUGACUCCAGCCAGCCUGCUGAUGAAAAUUCCGAGUCAGCCAGAGAGGAGGAACAUGCACGCAGGAUAACUGAAGCUCGUGAAAGGAGAGAGAAAGCCAGGAGAUCUUUGUACACGAGGAUGCCAGACCUACAAAGAGUUUGGGCACCCAGGCAGCUAAAGGCCCCAAAAGGGAAAUCUGAAGGGCAGAAAGACACUAAAAGGAAACACAUGCGGAAAGCACGUUAUGGUGUGGUGUGUGAAACCCCAAUGAGUGAAAGGAAACAUAUGUGCUCUUCUGAUAGUGAAAAGGGGCAUACAGAUUCCGGUAACUCUUCACGUGUGGUUCCUAAAGCACUGUUUCAGGAUACCUGAUCAUCAGCUUCAGAUUGGUUUUAUGGGUCAAGUGGUGCGAUCAAGAAAGCUUUGCCAUUGAAGGGUUAUAGAGAAAAAACAAAUAAAGCAAAAGAACUAAAGGUCUAUAGUGACAGUACUCGCUCGCAUUACUCAUACAUCAUUGUAACACACCAAAGCUGGUGAGAAUCCCCAACAUCCCCCCCCCCCCCCCCCCCCCCCCCUUGUGUAAUUUAUUUGUAGUUUUUAGUUUCUUCUUGGAGUGGGCAAUUAAAUGUUCCAUGCCCUUUAUAGAAGAGUUUCUGUAGGAAUGUACCGUCUCAUGUUCUAUAUAAACCACUAUGUAUUGUGUUGAUUCAUAAUCAAUAGAGUUGAUCUUUCAAUUAUACCAUAUUAUUUCUAUUUUGAUUA